AAGUGAAAGUAAAUCUUCCGGAUUUCAACUGUCUAUCCUCCUUUGGAGUUAUGUCGAUAUUGUAGGAAAUCGUGUCUAAUAUUUGGACAACAUAGCUUGAGAACUGCAGGUUAUAGACAAUACUUACGAGAAGACUUUCAGCUAUGGCAGUAGUGGCAGCUGUGCUUGCGGUAGGCCUAUGGACUCUCACCUCAUGUCAAGCCUUUGUGCUGCAUGGAGCCCCUGGUCCACUUACUGCCCAGCUGGGGGCGUCUGUCCUGCUACCCUGUGCUGCUGAUUCCCCCCUGCCCCUGGAGGAGCUGGAGGUGGAGUGGAGAAGAGCAGACUCUGGUGCCCUGCUGCACCUCUUCCAGGAGGGAGAAGAAAGACCAGAGUCACAGAAUGAGGCAUACAGGGGACGGGCUCAUUUUGUCACGGAAGGGUUUGCUACAGGAAAUUACUCUCUGCUGCUCACUGAUGUGAAUUUAGAAGAUGUAGGAAUGUACAUGUGCAAAGUGUACACCGAGAUGGACUCAAGUACAGUUACAGCUGAAAUUAUGCAUAUUGAGCGCCUUACAGUGGCUGGUGGUGCUGUGGUGUCAUCUUAUGUUGGCGAUGAGGCCAUUCUAAACUGCUCAGUGGAUUCCCACAUCCAUCCAGACCAGCUAGAGGUCAACUGGAGGAAGAAGGGACAGCAACAGAUCACAGUCCUGUCGGUCAAACAUGGUCAGAUAGAUCCAAACUCUACACAAAAAGAUUAUAGAGACAGAGUAGAUCUGUUUGAUGCAGAAAUCACCAAAGGGAACUUCUCGAUGAGACUCAAAAACAUCAGACCUGGCGACCAGGGAGAGUACAUCUGUGAAAUCCACAGUCAUCACUUGUCUGUAGAAACCACUACUGAACUGCGUGGACUGGCCAAUUUAUAA